AUGCUAAGCGAUUCCUAUCUGAGCAAGAUCUCGCGCGCGGAGAAGGUGUACCGCGGCGUGGCGGGGCUGCGGCUGCCGGACGAGUUCCUCACCCGCGACGAGUUUGGCGUCCGCGGCGGCGUCGAGUACGGCUUCCUGUCGGCGACGACCGACCGCAGCGUCGCGCUGGCGUACGCGUCGAGCGGCUCGUCGACGGGCGUGGUGUACGAGAUCCAGCAGACGAUGGGGAGCCGCGGCGCCGACAUCUCGUGGUGCAGCCAGUACCCGUUCGAGAAGGAGGUGUGCUUCGCGCCGCUGCUCGGGCUCGAGGUGCAGGAGGCCGCUGACGGCGCGCCGGCCAAGCGGAUCGAGGGCGGCGUGGUGGUGGUCGAGCUGCUGGCCAGCGUGUCGCACGGCGGCCUGGAGGAGGAGUGGGCGACGCCGGAGAAGCCAACUCCUCCGCUCCCCGCACAUACCACCGGGGCGAAAAUCGCCCCCGCGAAGGACUCGGCCAAGCAGUGCGUAGGACUUCGCGUGGCCCCAGCCGAGAAGAGUCCUCUGCGAGGCGUGGUGCCGACUCCGCGCUUCUAG